AUGGAACCCCUUCAUCUUACGGAAUUCGCUUCAGAGCGAUAUUUCGAAAAAGUACGACAGAAUGAUAGGAAUGGACAUGGGCAUGCUGAGAAUGGAUCGGGGUCCGGGUCUGGAUCUAUGGCUGCUGGGUCUGCAACUGGAACAAUCCAAAAUUCACAGAUUGGUUCUUCAUCAAUCCCUCUCAUUAAUCAUGAACCGUCACCACUAGAAGCAGCUACAUUCAAUUUACCUUCGAGGCAGAAAAAUGCCAAUCAUGAGAACUUGGCCUUCCGACUUGGCGAUCAAAGAAAACGUUCUCUUGGACACGACCUCACGUCUCUACGAACACAACGUCGCCCAAGUUUUAGUGGUUCAUUGGGUGCUCUAAGAUCCAAAGUGAACAUUACCCAUCGAGCUCCAUCAAUUGUCGAGGCACACCCAGACAUCAUCCAAGAAAGAAUUGAAAGGCAAAGUGCUUCUCUCUCCGACCUUCUCCUUACUCUCCCAACCGAAUUACAAGCUCAAAUUAUCUCACCUUUGCCAAUUCAUACCAUUCUUGACUUGCGACAAGUUUCGAGGUCAUUUCACGCUUUGAUUACAAUAAAUGAAGCACCAAUCGCGCGAUAUCAUGCAACCCAUACACUACCUGGUUACACGACACGAUUGUUCCCUUUGCCAGAGGCUGCGAAACUGAACUUGCACUAUCUGGCUGGGAUAUGGCAUCGAUUACAUGUUGCUCAAAAUUCUCAAGUGUUGGAAUUUCAACCUCAAUAUGAAAGGAUGCGUCAAAGAUUAAUACCACUUAUCUUUACAAUCUUUCAUUUCUUCGAAACUUACCGGAAAGUAUAUGCUUCACAUCUUGAAAGACGCGGGGCGCCUCUAACACGACUACCCUACACGCUUAAUCCAUUCGAGACUUUUGCUAUGAACAUGUAUGACGACAGAACGUUGUUGUAUGUUCAUCAGGUAUUUCCUUUGUUCAUGUCAUCAUUUUCUCGUCGAUUAAGGCCUCCUUCAUACGUUGGAAGAGUGGAAAGAUCAAUCAGAGGUUAUUUGAAGGAUCGACCACCCGACGAAGUUUAUUCGGCUAUCCUCACAAUCGGCGGACUCCAGCAGGCAGAAAAGUUCUGGCAGACAAAAGGGUACAAUGCGAGGAGAGCCGCCGUCGACCAAUGGUAUGGUUCUCUACAAAGUUGUCGUUUCCCAAUUGUCGAACCUAGCGCCGCUGCACCGAAAUCCAAGAUGUCAAAAUUCACUCAUCUAGGAAGAAAGAAGGCACCCCAACCUAUGGCUCACUCUCCGCCUGACACUUCAGGUCACGAUUCUUCGGGAUGCUCCGAAUGGUUUUGUGACAAGUCCACUUGUAUAGCUUCCAAGCGAAAUUUAUCGGAUGAGAGUUUGGUUUGGAGAACAAGUCUUUCACAAGGUCCACCGAUGCGUCCAUUGGGACGAGAAGUACUGGGAUUGCUGGUGGAAGGUGUGCCUGAUUUACAUGAAUUGUGGGCCAAAACAGCUGAAGCCUUGAUUCUGGAAAGAGGAAUUGUGGAUAGACCUGAGAGGAUUAAGAAGAAUAGUAUGGUGCUAUUGGACUUGAUCAAGGAAGAUGGAAGGGAUGAAAUGGAAGGCUGGGAGCCAGGAAGGACUGGAAGUAAUGCGGUGGAUGUAUCAGAGGUUGUGGAUACAGGAUCAAUCUCGGACUGA